AUGGGGCGGGUCCGCCACGGACUCCUUUGCUGUGUGGGUAUUAACGUGGAUUGCAUUAUUAACUUGGGACAAACUUCCUGCUUUUCUCCGGGUGAUUUACUCUUACAUUUUAAUGACUACUUACCUGUCUUCACAAGAAGUGUUUUUGCUACUUCUUGCACCUCAGACCAUCUGAAUGUGUCUGUGCGUAACGGGACUUUACUUGUGAAGGACGCGUUUUGUUUGGAGACGGACUUGAGACGCCUUAAAGAGACUAUUCGCUGUUCGUUUCACGAUUCAAACGGUGAGAUCUUUUCUAUGUGCCUUAAAUUACGAUUCGCCUCAGUCCAAACAUCAUUAUUACAUUCUAUGCAACACGUAUCAAAUCAACGGAAACCGAGAAUAAGGCGAGCCGUGAAUUCAGCGCCUCAGUUUCAGUUACCGAACUACCAGGUUUCAGUGCCCGAGAACGAGCCGGCGGGUACGAGAGUCAUCACCCUCAAAGCGACUGACAGUGACCAUGGAGAGGCGGGGAAGAUCGAGUAUGGCAUGGAAGCAUUAUUCGACAGCCGUUCCAACGACUUCUUUAGGAUAGAUCCUCAAACAGGCAGCAUUGAGACUGUCCAGCCAUUAGACAGAGAAGUUAAAGACACUCACGUGUUUAAAAUCACAGCAACUGAUAAUGGCAUACCGCGACGCACAAUCACGUCAUACCUGACUGUUACAGUUAGUGACACUAACGACCACGGGCCCGUCUUUGAACAGAAUGAAUACAGGGUUAGGAUACGAGAGAAUGUGGAAGUUGGUUUUGAGGUAAUUACAGUCAGGGCGACAGAUGGAGAUGCACCAUCCAAUGCGAACAUGAUAUAUAAGAUCGUGAAUGGCGAGGGUGUCAAUUCUGGGUUUGAAAUUGAUUCUCGAAAUGGACUGGUCAAGAUUCGCUUGCGUCCAGAUAGAGAAACCAUGUCUCAGUAUCAGCUGAUAGUAGAGGCCAAUGACCAGGGAAAGGACCCUGGGCCUCGCAGUGCUACCGCGACAUUGCACAUCACAGUUGAAGAUGAAAACGAUAACUAUCCUCAGUUUAGUGAGAAAAGAUAUGUAGUGCAGGUGCCAGAAAAUGUGGUGGUUAACACUAAAGUGGCCCAGGUAGAAGCCACUGACCGAGAUGAGGGCAAUAAUGCCAAGGUUCAUUACAGUAUAAUCAGUGGCAAUGUAAAAGGUCAGUUCUUCAUUCACACCCCAACUGGAGCCAUUGAUGUCAUAAACCCUCUGGACUACGAAAUUAUCAGAGAAUAUAAUUUACGCAUAAAGGCCCAGGAUGGAGGCAGGCCUCCUCUCAUUAAUGGAACAGGCAUUGUUGUCAUCCAAGUUGUGGAUGUGAAUGACAACGCUCCUAUGUUUGUAAGCACUCCUUUCCAAGCCACCGUUUUAGAGAAUGUGCCCAUUGGAUAUUCUGUUAUUCACAUUCAGGCCAUUGAUUCUGAUUCUGGAGAAAAUGCUCGUUUGGAUUACAGCCUCACAGACACCACUCCAGGCUUUCCCUUCACCAUCAAUAACAGCACUGGAUGGAUCACAGUCAGUGCUGAGCUGGACAGAGAAACCACUGAGUAUUACACCUUUGGAGCAGAAGCCAGAGACAAUGGUGUUCCGGUAAUGUCGUCCUCAGCUAGCGUUAGCAUCACCAUUCUAGAUGUGAAUGACAACAUCCCUGCAUUCACCGAAAAGGUAUACUCUCUAAAAAUCAAUGAAGAUGCUGUUGUAGGGACCAGUGUGUUAACUGUUACAGCUCUGGACCGUGAUGUAAACAGUGUGGUCACCUAUCAGAUCUCCAGUGGUAAUACACGGAACCGGUUUGCCAUCACUAGUCAAAGCGGAGGUGGACUCAUCACGCUGGCUUUGCCGUUGGAUUACAAACAGGAACGCCAGUAUGUUCUGACUGUCACUGCCUCUGAUGGUACACGCUUCGACACAACACAGGUGUUCAUCAAUGUAACUGAUGCUAACACUCACAGACCCGUGUUCCAGAGCGCAAGCUACCAUCAGACUUUCAGCGAGGACCGACCCAUUGGAUCAACUGUUGUGGUAAUCAGCGCCACAGAUGAAGACACGGGUGAGAACGCACGCAUUACAUAUAUCAUGGAGGACAACGUCCCACAGUUCAAGAUUGAUCCGGACACAGGUGCCAUCACCACGCAGAUGGAGAUAGACUAUGAAGAUCAAGCCUCCUACACGUUGGCCAUCAUCGCGCGUGACAAUGGAAUCCCUCAGAAGUCUGAUACCACCUAUGUGGAAAUCAUUGUUCUUGAUGCAAAUGAUAAUGUGCCACAGUUUGGGAGGGAUAAAUAUCAGGGUACCGUGUUUGAAAACUCACCUGUGUUCACCAGUGUGCUCCAGAUAUCUGCUUCAGACAGGGACUCGGGGUCUAAUGGGCGCGUGAGCUACACCUUUCAAGGUGGCGAUGACGGGGAAGGUGAUUUCAUGAUUGAGCAGUACUCUGGAAUUAUAAGAACACAAAGGAUGCUGGACAGAGAGAACGUUCCAGUGUAUAACCUGAAGGCCUAUGCUGUUGAUAGAGGUGUUCCUCCUCUCAAAGCAGCAGUGGAGAUCCAGAUUUCUGUGUUAGACAUCAAUGACAAUGCUCCUGUUUUUGAGAAGGAUGAACUGUGUAUCUACAUCAAAGAAAACAGUCCUGUCGAUUCAGUGGUUGCCCGGAUCAACGCCAUGGAUCCAGAUGAAGGAACCAAUGCUCAGAUAUUGUAUCAGAUUGUGGAAGGAAAUAUCCCAGAGGUCUUUGAUUUGGAUAUAUUCACUGGAGACUUAAAAGCACUUGUGGAUUUGGACUACGAAACCAAAUUGGAGUAUGUCAUAAUCGUACAGGCCACAUCCGCUCCUUUGGUCAGCAGAGCAACCAUCCACAUUCGUCUGAUUGAUGUCAACGACAAUGAUCCCGUCCUGCAGAAUUUCCAGAUUAUCUUCAAUAACUACGUCACCAAUAAAUCCAACAGUUUUCCAUCUGGGAUUAUAGGAAAGGUACCUGCCUAUGACCCAGAUGUGUCAGAUAAACUCAAGUAUAGUUUCACUGAAGGAAAUGAGCUGAGUUUGCUGAUUCUAAACACAAAUACAGGUGAGCUCAAACUCAGCAAAGAUCUGGAUAACAACAGACCACUGGAGGCCACCAUGAAAGUUUCUGUCACAGAUGGUAUCCACCAAGUGAUGGCCUUCUGCACUCUCCGUGUGACCAUCAUCACUGACGAGAUGCUAACAAACAGCAUCACUGUCCGCCUGGAGAACAUGUCCCAGGAACGCUUCCUAUCCUCAUUGCUUUCUCUAUUCGCCAAAGGUGUGGCAGCUGUUCUAUCAACUAGUCGAGAAGGAGUUUUCAUCUUCAAUAUCCAAAAUGACACAGAUGUCAGCGGCAACAUCCUCAAUGUCACCUUCUCCGCCUUGCUUCCUGGAGGAGCUCAGGAUCAUUACUUCCCUUCGGAGGAACUCCAGGAGCAAAUCUACCUGAACCGAACUCUGUUACAGAAAAUCUCCAGCCAAAGCGUCCUUCCAUUUGAUGACAACAUCUGCUUGCGGGAACCUUGCGAGAAUUACAUGAAAUGCGUCUCUGUGUUAAAGUUUGAUAGUUCUCCACCUUUCAUAGCCUCUGAUACAGUUCUAUUCAGACCAAUCCAUCCGAUUAAUGGCCUGCGGUGCCGUUGUCCGACAGGCUUUACCGGUGACUACUGCGAGACAGAGAUUGACCUGUGCUACUCAGGUCCAUGCCACAACAAUGGCCGCUGCCGCAGUCGAGAAGGAGGGUACACCUGUGAGUGUCUAGAAGACUUUACAGGUGAAAACUGUGAAAUAGAUGCCCGCUCUGGUCGCUGUGUCCCCGGGGUAUGUAAAAAUGGAGGUGAGUGUGUCAACUUGCUAGUGGGUGGCUUCACAUGCAGUUGCCCCUCUGGAGAGUAUGAGAAACCUUUCUGUGAGAUGAUGACACGCAGCUUUCCUGGACAGUCCUUCGUUACCUUUCGAGGCCUGAGACAGAGAUUCCACUUCACUGUCUCCUUCAUGUUUGCAACAAGAGAGAGAAACGCACUCCUACUCUACAAUGGUCGAUUUAAUGAGAAACACGACUUCAUUGCUGUGGAGAUCAUUGAGGAACAGAUUCAACUCACCUUCUCAGCAGGUACAACACUCCUGCCACUGUUACAAUUGAGAAGACCAGGUCACUGAUAUGAUGAGCCAUUGAAUAUUUUUUUAUCAUAGGGCAGAUAAACUAAUAAUCUUUACGUAAAAAUAUGGGAAAUGAGCAUGAACAAAUAACUAUUCAAU